AAUUCAUUCAUGAGAAGUGCAAAAACAGUGUAACAAAAAGGAAAAGAAAACCAAUAUGAAGUUCACUAUAAUCACAAUAUUUUUCUCUUUAUUUCUACUUGACUUUGGUUUUGCACAACAGGGGGAUCUUGACAUAUCAAGAUUUGGAGGAAAACCAAAUACAAAUAUAGGCCAGGCUUUCUUAAGUGCCUGGACUCAAGCAUGUGCAUCACCAACUGCUGUCAAAAUUGUGAUUCCAGCUGGCACAUACCAAAUGGGUGCAGUUGAUGUCAAAGGUCCUUGCAAGGCUCCUAUUGAGGUUCAAGUUGAUGGAACAAUUCAAGCACCUGCAAACCCAACUGACCUUAAGGCGGCUCAUCAAUGGUUUGUUGUUCAAUAUGUUAACUCUUUCACCCUGUCGGGUAAAGGUGUUUUUGAUGGUCAAGGGGCAACUGCUUGGAAACAAAAUGAUUGUACAACAAACAAGGACUGCAAGAUGCUUUGCAUGAAUUUUGGUUUUAAUUUCCUCAAUAAUUCAAUUGUCCGUGACAUUACUUCCAAGGAUAGCAAAAACUUUCAUGUGAAUGUUUUGGGGUGCAACAAUUUCACAUUUGAUGGGUUUAAAGUUAGUGCACCAAAAGAUAGCCCCAACACCGACGGAAUCCACAUUGGAAGAUCCACAGAUGUGAAGAUUCUUAACACAAACAUUGCUACCGGAGAUGACUGUGUCUCAUUGGGUGAUGGUAGCAAAAAUAUAACUGUCCAAAAUGUGAAUUGUGGACCUGGUCAUGGCAUUAGUGUUGGAAGCCUUGGGAAGUACGAUUCUGAAGAGCCCGUUGCAGGUUUUCUUGUUAAGAAUUGCACUUUGAAUGAAACAGAUAACGGUGUGAGAAUUAAGACUUGGCCUAACACGCCAGGAGCAAUUACAAUUACUGAUAUGCAUUUUGAAGAUCUUACCAUGAAUAAUGUUACAAACCCUAUCAUCAUAGACCAAGAGUAUUGUCCUUGGAACCAAUGCUCCAAACAGAAUCCAUCAAAAAUCAAGAUAAGCAAGGUUUCCUUCAAGAACAUUAAGGGCACUUCAGGAAGUCAAGAUGGGGUGGUUCUUGUUUGUAGUAGUGGUGUACCAUGUGAGGGUGUAGAGAUGGCUGAUAUUGAUCUCACAUUCAACGGAGCUGCAGCAACAGCUAAAUGUGCUAAUGUCAAGCCCACAAUAACAGGAAAAGCUCCUACUUGUGCAGCCUAGAAUGAGCAACAACAAUAAUGCCCAUUUUUUUUAACACUUUUCUUUUACUAUUUUUCCUAUGUAGAGAAACAAGCCAUCCCCAUUAAAAGAGGAGGUGUCUAGUAAUUGUAUUCUCUUGUGAAUAAAUACUUCAACGUGGCUAUGGUAAAAUAAUGAUCAUAUAUGUAAUGUUGCUUCAAUACCAAAAGAAGUCUUCUUUAUUAAUCUUA